AUGGACUCCCCGGACCGAAUCCAACCCUCUCAGACUCCGUGGCAUACAGCGCGACCCUCUCAGCUCCAAGCUCCGAUCCCUGACACGGUUCAGCCGUCCACAAGAACAACGUCUAGCACCGCUCCCAUCUACAAGGGUGUGGAUGAAGGGUACUGGCCCUCCUGUGUCUCUCGGCACACUGAAGGCCAUGACACGACUGAAUUUGCGCAAACGGAGGUCCUUGGAGACCGCGACGCCCUCGCCGAGCUCGAGGAGGGGACGCAGGACGUCCUAUCCGUUAGCAAUCACAAGACGCAGAGGCCAUACCAUCUGGAGACGCAGUAA